AUGCCCGUGAGUCCAGGCGGCGCCACGGAGGACGUGCACGCCCUCUCUCCCACCUCCCGGGCCUCCCAGGCUCCGCUCAUUGGGCAGGGAGAACGCCCCUCCUGCGUUUGUACGUGCGCCGGGUGGAAACCGGACCUGGAGUCGUUGGCGUUCCGGGCUGGGAAGGGCCGCGGGGGACGUGAGAAGGCCGCGCGCCUGCCGCUCCCCCCCACCCCCGCGCCAUCCCCCUCCCCCUGCCUCGGCCCCGAAGGGGGCUGCACGGGCGACUUGGCGGCGAUGGCUCGAGCUCGGGCGGCGACGACGGUGGCCGGAGGCGGCGGCUCCUCCUCCUCCUCCUGGGCUUGGGCCCGGCGGUGAUCCGAGCUG